AUACAGAACUUAUUCGCAUUAUCCACUCCUGCCAUUGAACUCAUGGCUUUGCCUUUAGGAUUUACCCCAUUGGAGGUUCGCACAUAUUUGAUCCUGACUCUUUGCUGGGUGAGCAUCGUUGUGGUGAACCUGCUGGAGCAGCCAUAUGCUCGAUCUUUGAUCCACUGUGAUGUUCCGGUGAACACGACUGAAGGUCAAAGCCUGGAGAAUGUAGGACGAAUCCUGAUCACGCUGUUUGUCAGUGGCUUCGCCGAUUAUGGUCGCAAGAGGGCGGCCUUGCUGGGGCAGUUCUUGAUCACACUUUCAACAGCACUCUUCGCGAUAGCCAUGUUUUUACCCUCAGGCCUGGCAAUCCCCACAUACAUUGUGGCACAAGGACUUCAAGGCAUGAGUGGCAUCGGCAUUCUGGAUCAAAUUGUUACCGGUGACGUGGCCCUGAUCUUGAAUGACAGCGUGGCGGUGUACAGCCGCAAAGGCAUUGUGUCGGCUAUGAUCAUGGCCCUUCUGAUUCCCAUCAUUGUGUACGUUCAAUACGCAGAGAUCACAGACUUCACUUGGGUCUGGAGUGGUAUCGUUGGAUUGAAUAGUGUAGCCAUGGCGCUGAUCUACCUUUUCUUUCCAGAGACCUUGAACAAGAAACAGAACGAUGACAAGAAGGAGAAGGAGAAUCUGUCAAUCAUAGGUGUGGCAAAGGAUGAAGUUAAAACCUUUAAGAAGAUCAUCACAACGCAUCCCUACGUCGGAUAUCGCCUGGGAGAAGAGUUUCUGGUGAAGAUGGCAGAUGCCAGCGCGAUCGGGAUGCCCUUCCUCAUGGCACAGUUCCAUUUCUCCCAGUUUGAUGCACUCGUGUACAACUUCGUCCCAGGCCUUGUUGGUGGUGUGCUACUGGGUGGACUGGUCGCCAAAUGGUGUGGCCAAUAUGGCACCCGGCGGGUUUGGAGAAACUCCUUCUUCUAUCACAGGAGCACCAGCAUUGCCAAUGCCUUCUUGAUGCCGGUGGCCAUUUUUGGCAUUCCAUAUCCUCUGGUGGCUGGCCUGGUUCAUCUUCCCCUCGCUGGGUUUCCUGCAUUGAUCCAAGCUGUGGAGAUCCGCCUCGUGGGGCAGGAGACCAAUGCCAAGUUUCAGGCAAUGAGCCAGUUGAUGUCAUUCUUCUCCGGUGCGAUCACCAGCUGGCUCUAUAGCCAGAUCUUCUAUGGCGAAGCCAGAAGCUAUUUCCGGGUGGUCGCUCCGUAUGCGCUCUCUGCCUUUUUCAUGUUGCUGAACAUCGUCCCCUUCCUACUGAAAACUGGUCCUAUGCAGAUGAAUGAAUGUGAUAGGUUGGACCAAGAAGCUAAGAAGAAGUGGGAAGAAGAGCAGGAGAAGGCCGCACAGGAGAAGAAAGCUUCUGGCCCCGAGUUGACGGAGGAGGCAUCUUCACCUCUGAAGACGGAGACCGAGACUACGGAAGCAUCCACAGAGUUGGAAGCGAAGCAGGAGGCCGUAAAAACAGAAGAAGAGAAGAAAGAGGAUUGAGAAGGAUUGUCGUGUGUUGAAGCGCGCAGGCAUGCAAAGGCAUGCAGCAAUUCCCCUGAGUCUUUUGUUUGUUUUCCAUGGUCUGCCACACUAAAACUGUGCGGCUUUGGCCAAAGUGUUAUCUGGCAAUGGCCUAGUCGGAGGGCCUUGCCAAUCUUUACCAUUUCCUGGCUGCAAGAGAUACCAGCAUGGUUGCUCCAUGGCCUAAAGAUUGGCAAGGCAACACAAGUAGUUCUAAUUGGAUUGGUUUGUGC